ACGCGGGUUGUACUUGAGUGAUGUUCCACUUCAUGAUGCAACGAGGGACCUAGUUUUGAUGUCGGAACAAUUUGAAGCAGAUUACAAACUAACGAGAAAUCUGGAGCUUCUGACUGACAAGCUGCAGCAGACGUACCGCGAGCUUGAUGGUGAGAAGCAGAAAACUGACAGUUUGCUGUACUCGGUUCUACCGAUAUCUGUGGCAAAUGAAUUGCGACACUCGAGACCAGUGCCAGCACGACGAUAUGACUGUGUCACAUUAUUAUUCUCUGGUAUCGUUGGUUUUGGCGCUUACUGUGCCGCCCACACAGACUCAAGUGGAGCUAUGAAGAUUGUUAAUAUGCUCAACCAACUGUACAUUCAUUUUGACGUACUCACUGAUCCUAAAAAAAAUCCUAACGUUUAUAAGGUAGAAACAGUCGGUGACAAGUACAUGGCGGUCAGCGGGUUACCAGAGCCAUGUCGGAGCCACGCUCGGUGCAUAGCUCGGCUCGCCUUGGAUAUGAUGGAUUUAGCCGCGGACGAGGUCCAGAUAGAUGGAGAGCCAGUGAAAAUCACUAUUGGUAUCCACAGCGGAGAAGUUGUUACGGGAGUGAUCGGACACCGUAUGCCACGUUACUGCCUGUUUGGUAAUACCGUCAAUCUUACAAGUAGAACGGAAACUACCGGCGAACCAGGAAAAAUAAAUGUCUCUGAAGAUGCUUAC